AUGUCCGACUCUACGUGUAGAUCGCUGGCCCUAGACACCUCGCUGUACCUCUCCGGAUGGCGUCUUCACAUCGUCAUCGCCUGCCUCUUCUACGGCUCGUCCCUCAUCGCCCUCAUCACCUUCAUCACCAACAUCAUCAACGUCGCCCUGCCCAAGAUCUCCCCCAACUUCGAGUCCCUCCAGGAUGCGGCCUGCCCGUGUAUGGCUUCAUGUACACGUGCUUCCGCACAGAUGUCGUGUAUUCGAGUGCCCACCUCCAUCUUUGAAGGUCAAUCGCUGGAUGGCGGUGCCGGUAUUCUCCAAGGCGCCCUGAGCAUCAUCAGCCAGGUCGUCCCUCUCGAGAAGCGCUCACUGUACAUGGGCGUCGUAACUAGUGUCUUCGUCAUCGCCGUCACGGCUGGCCCCGUCCUGGGAGGCGUCUUCACCCUGCACAUCACUUGGAGAUGGUGUUUCUGUCCCCCUUUACAAGCACAGAGCAACACCAGAGACUGA